CAUCAAGCGGCAUAAACGCAUCCUUCAACACAUGGGAGCCAGCUCCUCAUAUUUGCGGCUCUUCAAUCCCGCUGUAUUGCUGUUGCUACGCAAUCGGAACGCUGAAGAUAUAGAAUUCUAGCAAGGAAGGAAAGGAACGAUCGGACUUGGGAUUGUGUCGCCAGCAAAGGUUACGCGGACACUGAACAAGAUCGCGAUGAGUUCGGGGCGCCUGGUCAUUGCGGCGUGUAUUUUUGCUCUUUACACAGCCUUGGGGUCUGCAAAUGCUGAAAAGAUCAGCGUGCUGCGCUCAGCAUCAGAAAACAGCACAGCGCCCGCAUCUGACAUAAUAUUCAUUGUGUCAGCAGCCAAGGCAACGUUGGCCUCAAUCAAUACUCUCCAGCUGGCAAAUGUCACAUCCACCGUCCAAUUCAAUGGGGCUGGCGCUCGCACGGGCAUCAUCAGCAUGCCCUACUUCAUGAACGGAACCCUAGGGGGUCGUUACGUUAACCUCCAGGGGGACUGGCUCGGCGCCCCCGACGCCGUCUUGUAUGGCAUAUCUGCCACCGGGCAGUACAAGGCAGUUCUGCUGUCCCUCAAUGCGCCCAGCUACGACCCAACCACAGAUGUCCUGGAUUUCAUGGUACGGGUGAUAACUCCGAAUGCAACUAAUCCAGAAGCCGCCCUGAAGCUGUCUGGGGGCGCGACGAGUGCGGUGGCGUCCGAGCGCGGCGGUAGGAACGCCGCUGCAGCCCUGAUCACUGCCAUGGAGCCAAACCUGGCGCUGACAGACACUGCGCUAUUCAUAGACUCCACCGAGCAGGCGCUGUCUCCAACAAGUGUCACAAAAUCGUUGAGUGUGGGCUGGGGCGGCUUUGGCGCCGGCUGCUCUGGGGGCGGUUGCUACGUCAGCUUCGGCCGCUAAAAUCUUCAUAUUUGAAACCCUGCAAAAGUGUAAGCUGGGCGCCCUUAUGGUGGGUCCAAAAUUUGAUGGCCUCUGGUCGAUCUGGAAGGGGGUAUGUACCUUCAUGGCAUACAGGGACUGCUAUGUCACUGAGUCAGCUUUCAAAGCUGAGCUUUGUAAGUUCAGGUUGUUGCGGGUGUCAAGAAAGCACAAAGUGGUCAUCACUCAAGCGAAGUAUUGCAUUGCGCUGGCAUAUGCUUGAAUGCUGGCACGCUGUCAAGUUUUGGAGAUGGCAUCUUCUUGAAAGCUUCGAAUUGCAGCACCCUCUGCUGAAUGCGCAAAUUCCUGCGACUAUGCCACGCAGCCAAUGGCAGCAGAGCUGUAAAGCUGACAUCUGCAAAACUAUGGCAGAUGAUGGUUGCCUACCUACUUUUAAGACUUAAAAGCCAGAGUAAAGAAGUGGGCACAGACACAGGUCUUCAGGGAGGGGGUCAUGUCUUAUUGUCUGCAGGCAGCUUCAGGCGUGUGUGCUGCUGCUACUGUGGCACAAUGUCAGCUCACUUAACGGUAAGCUCCGAGCAGCUGUGCCUGUGAGAACAAUUAUACCGGCGUGGUUUACACCCACUGGAUGGCUGUUGAUGCUGUGACAAGAAGGCGCCAAAUGAUAUACUACCAGGAUAACACCAGCAUUCCUUCUACCGCACUGAUUUGCUCUCGAAAAGUUGAGAUGUGUUUCUUGGUUGCGUGUCUUUGACUUUGAUCGAGUGCCUUUAUGCGUCUUGCAUGCAGACUUUGUACCGUGGAAAUGAAACUUCUCAGAUGAUUUUACAUGCGUAAGGACAGCCUGGCUGAUCAGUCAUGACAGCGAUAUACUUUGACAUGAUGGCGAUCUGUGAUGCUAAUCUAUCUCGAGUACUCUCAAAUUCUAAUUUUCUCUUCCAGCUAAGUAGACUUGUGAACAACCGUGAUAUGGUGGGCCACUGUUUGAUUUUCUAGUGCCACGUUGGUUGACCUCAGCAUACAUCCUAAGGUGCCUAUAGGCAGUCAACUUUUGCAGAACAUGAAAAAUUAUCAAGUCAGUGCUACAAUGACUAUUCUUAGUAACAUAGUGUCAGUCAUAGCCUCACAACCCUGCCCAAAGGGCCUCUGCCACUAAAUUUAUUUCUAGUGGGUUUGACACACUUUCAUGUGACACUAUGCAUGUUCUUGCAGCCUCAAUACUCUCUAUAUACAGAACGUGAGCAGGAGCCGUUGGCCUCUCACUUAAGUGCAGUGCGCCCGCAACUGCCUGUUCCUAUUCACCUCACCGUAACAAUAAAAAGCUGGACCAGCAGAGUCCAGUGUUAGGGUGCUUUAUUGGAGGCUGGAAAGAGUGCAUCAAAGCCUUGUCAUGCCCUUGAAGCACUUUUUUCCAGCAUGCCACCGUGUGCCUCAGGGCCUUUAUGAAAAGAAAGCCAGACAUAAAUGGCUUACUCCGAUCGGGAUGCAUGCGUUUGCAGAGAGCAAUCAUCUGCCCCAAGCUGUCCAACUAUUAGUAGCUACAGAGCUAUUUGCAGCGUACAUGUGUCAACCUCAAAACCGCCGCGGUGAAGUCUGACUCAAGCCUCGACCUAACGUGGGUUUGUAAACGGAAAUAUCUAGGAAGAGAGUCUGGAAGGGGAAACUGUUCUGCAGCCAGCUACUCUGUACCAUGUCAGACUGAGGGCGUGCCUGCCAGUGGCAACCCUAUGGGGAGAUAAAAU